AUGAUGUUGCAAGAGAAUCAUACCACUGUGGCUAGCUUCAUUUUCACAGGAUUAACUGAUAGACCAGACCUGCAGCUUCCACUGUUUGCUGUUUUUUCUUUGAUUUAUGGGAUGACCUUGCUGGGCAAUCUAGGAAUGAUACUGAUCAUUAGGUUUGACCCAUACCUGCAUACCCCUAUGUACUUUUUCCUCAGCAACUUGUCCUUCUUAGAUGCCUGUUAUUCUUCCACUAUUACUCCCAAUAUGCUGCUUAACUUUUUAACAGUGUCAAGGGGAGUGUCAUAUAGUGGAUGCCUUAUACAGUUUGGCUUCUUUGCACUUUUUGCCACCACAGAAAUGUUUCUCUUGGCUGCAAUGGCAUAUGACCGCUAUGUGGCCAUUUGUAACCCACUGCUCUACACUGUCACUGUGACCAAAAAGGUUUGUGUGCUGUUAAUAGCUGGAUCCUAUUUUGGGGGUAUUGUAAAUUCACUGAUACAUACCCAUGGCUUGCUAAAAUUGUCCUUUUGCGGCUCAAAUGUCAUUGAUCACUUUUUCUGUGACCUCCUCCCUCUCCUAAAACUCUCCUGCAGUGACACCCAUCUCAACAAGGUCCUUGUUACUGUAUUUGGCUCCUUGUUUGAGGCAACCACUUUUACAAUCACCAUCAUUUCUUACUUUUUCAUUGUUGUCACAGUGCUGAAGAUCCGUUCUGCCAAAGGCAGGCAAAAAACUUUCUCCACAUGUGCCUCCCACCUUACAGCUGUUUUCACAUUUCAUGGCACAAUCCUGUUCAUGUAUUUCUUCCCCAGCUCCAGCCACUGGCUGAGCACUGAUAAAACUGUUUCUGUGUUCUACACAGUAGUUAUUCCUCUGCUCAACCCCUUAAUAUACAGCUUGAGAAAUAAAGACGUGAAAUGUGCUGCAAGGAAACUGCUGAUGAGGAAAGUCUUUAUGUGCUGA